GAAUCCAGUGAAAUUUGGCAGGAAGCAGCAGCUCCUCGCCGCACAUUUCCCUGCCUGCAGGAGGAAUUUCACCGCGCUCAGCCCGGGAGGAAAACCUGGAUGAAGCGGGGCUGAGCCGCCCCCCAGCCCAGGCGCCGCGGAUCGAGGACAGCCCUGCCUGCACUGCCUGGCUCUGCCUCCAGGACUGUGAUCCCUGACCAUGGGAAGAUCCCAAGUUUUCCCCUCCAGCCCCUGCCUGCUGCUGCUGCUGGCCGGGCUGAGCUGUGCCCAGUACGAGCACUGGCCGUACCUGCCCGGCUACCCCGAGCCCGCCCCCCAGCUGUUCCAGCCCGCCCAGAGAGCCCCAGAUGUGCCCAAAAUCCAGCUGAGGCUGGCGGGGCAGAAGAGGAAGCACAACGAGGGCAGGGUGGAGGUGUUCUACAGCGGAGAGUGGGGCACCGUCUGCGACGACGACUUCUCCAUCCACGCCGCCCACGUGGUGUGCCGGGAGCUGGGCUACGUGGAGGCCGUGUCCUGGCUGCCCAGCUCCAAGUACGGCAAAGGAGAAGGGAAGAUCUGGCUGGACAACGUGCACUGCACGGGCAGGGAGAGCAGCCUGGCGGGCUGCGGCUCCAACGGCUGGGGCGUCAGCGACUGCAAGCACACCGAGGACGUGGGCGUGCUCUGCAGCGACAAGAGGAUCCCGGGCUUCAAGUUUGACAACUCCCUGAUUAACCAAAUCGAGAACAUGAACAUCCAGGUGGAGGACAUCCGCAUCCGCGCCAUCCUGGCCACCUACCGCAAGCGGGUCCCCGUCACCGAGGGCUACGUGGAGGUGAAGGACGAGGGCACCUGGAAGCAGAUCUGCGACAAGCACUGGACCAUGAAGAACUCCCGGGUGGUCUGCGGGAUGUUCGGCUUCCCCAGCGAGAGGAAAUACAACACCAACGUCUACAAGAUGUUUGCCAGCAGAAGGAAGCAGCACUACUGGCCCUACUCCAUGGAGUGCAGCGGGAGCGAGGCUCACAUUUCCAGCUGCAAACUGGGGACGCACCUGACGGGCACGGGGCAGAACGGCAGCUGUGCCAGCGGGAUGCCCGCCGUGGUCAGCUGCGUGCCCGGCCGCGCCUUCGCCCCCAGCAGCCACAGCGGCUUCCGCAAGGCCUUCAGGCAGGAGCAGCCCCUGGUGAGGCUGAAGGGAGGAGCCAACACGGGCGAAGGGCGCGUGGAGGUGCUGAGGAACGGCGAGUGGGGCACGGUGUGCGACGACAACUGGAACCUGGUGUCGGCCAGCGUGGUGUGCCGGGAGCUGGGCUUUGGCAGUGCCAAGGAGGCCAUCACGGGAGCCAGGCUGGGCCAAGGAAUGGGUCCCAUCCACCUGAACGAGAUCGACUGCACGGGCUUUGAGAAGUCGGUCACGGACUGCAAGUUCAACACCGAGUCCCAGGGCUGCAACCACGAGGAGGAUGCUGCUGUGAGGUGCAAUGUGCCAGCCAUGGGCUUCCAGAACCAGCUUCGUCUGAGCGGGGGCCGCAACCCCUACGAGGGCCGGGUGGAGGUGCUGGCCGAGCGCAACGGCACCCUGAGGUGGGGCACGGUCUGCAGCCACAACUGGGGCACCGUGGAGGCCAUGGUGGUGUGCCGGCAGCUGGGGCUGGGCUUCGCCAGCCACGCCUUCCAGGAAACGUGGUACUGGCACGGGGACGUCAGCGCCGACGACGUGGUGAUGAGCGGGGUCAAGUGCUCGGGGACAGAGAUGUCCCUGUCCCACUGCCGGCACGACGGGGCCCACGUCUCCUGCCCCAGGGGAGGGGGACGCUUCGGGGCCGGCGUGUCCUGCUCGGAGACCGCCCCUGACCUGGUGCUGAACGCGGAGCUGGUGGAGCAGACGGCCUACCUGGAGGACAGGCCCAUGUUCCUGCUGCAGUGCGCCCUGGAGGAGAACUGCCUGGCCAGCUCGGCCCACAACACCUCGCUGGCCUCGGGCUACCGGCGCCUGCUGCGCUUCAGCUCCCAGAUCCACAACAACGGCCAGUCCGACUUCCGGCCCAAGAACGGCCGCCACGCCUGGGUGUGGCACGACUGCCACCGGCACUACCACAGCAUGGAGGUGUUCACCCACUACGACCUCCUGAACCUCAACGGCACCAAGGUGGCCGAGGGACACAAGGCCAGCUUCUGCCUGGAGGACACCGAGUGCGAGGCAGAUGUGCAGAAGCAGUACGAGUGUGCCAACUUUGGGGAGCAGGGGAUCACAGUCGGCUGCUGGGACGUUUACCGGCACGACAUCGACUGCCAGUGGGUCGACAUCACCGACGUGCCCCCCGGGGAUUACCUCUUCCAGGUGGUGAUCAACCCCAACUACGAGGUGGCAGAGUCGGAUUAUUCCAACAACGUCAUGAAAUGCCGGAGCCGCUACGACGGGCAGCGCAUCUGGAUGUACAACUGCCACAUAGGUGGUUCCUUCAGCGAGGAGACGGAGCAGAAGUUCGACCACCCCCGGGCACUCACAAACCACCUCCUCUCUGCCCGGUAGAAUUCCCACUAAUUUAAGGAAGCCAGGACUGCUGCUCCGGCCCUUCCCGAACCACUGCACCCCAGGAGCCUCCCCCAGACUCGGAAUUCCCGAAGAAUCCUCUCCCUCCCGGCUCAGGUGCUCAGCCCCC